CGCGACGCGACGCGACGGACGACGGACGACGGACGACGGACGACGCGCGAGCGCGCGAGCGACGAACGGUGAACGACCGCGGACGAGGAUACAUGUUUCGCAGACGAGAGACGGCGGGUGGGAUGGCGACGCCGACGGCGUUGCGGACGGCGACGAACGACGACGGGGACGAAGCGCGGACGCCGACGCCGCUGAGAAGCGCGUUGAAGAAGGGUGGAUUGAGUAAAGCUCGCGUCGUCGUGGAGAGCGACGGGUUCAAGUAUAAAAAACGCAAGAGCGCGAAGGGCGCGCUGGGGGUGACUAUUUCGGAGCCGCUUUGGGCGAUCGAACGGGCGUCUUCGCGCGCGUUGGUGGUGGGAGCGACGACGACGUCUUCGAACGGCGCGCACAUGUCGUCCGAUGAAGCGCGCGGAAGGGAAGAUUUCCACGAACAACUUCCAAACAACAUGCCCGAAGACGAGCGCAUGCAACUGCUGUGCGAGAGCGUGUGCGCGGCGGAGUGCGCGGCGGUGGUGCCGCAGUUGAAGGGCGACAACGCGUUCGCGGCGAACGCGAUUAGUGACGCGUUACAAGAGUUUCAGUUGCGCGUCGAGCAGUUAUUGAUUGAUGAGGAGGUAAAGUUUGCCGAAGGACCGCAAACCGUCGCGGCGAAGAUUGACGCGCGCAAGGCGCAGUUGCGAGCGCUCCGAGACGCGCUCGAGCAAGAGUCCACGCAGUGGUCUUGCAUGCUCGAAGGUUCGGCGAAAAAAGUCACCGCGGAGGUGCCCGUCAUAGAUACCUCCGAACUCGGUCCGAGCGAAGCCGGUUCGCUCGCCGAGGCGUGCGAAAACACCCAGCGACGGUUGCUGUUACAAACCGAAGGCGCGAGAGGCUUGGUCGAAGGCGUCGAGAGUUUGUGCGUCCGCGCCGAGCGCGCGUGUGAAGUUUUCGCGAGUGCGAUCGCCGCGAACGAUUUCCGUUCGCUGCCGUCGUACCAGUCACCGCACCGAUUAAUCUCGAGUCUCAUCGGAGGCGCGAGGUAAAGCCUCGCUGUAAUAAAACUGAUCCUUCCUC